AUCUCCUGUUGUUUGAGGUGAUUUAAAAGUACUUAAUUGCUUUGUUAGAGUAAUCUAGGCAUAAGCCAUAAACAAACAUCAAAAAAUGCUAAAAAUGAAAGUUUUUCCCUCUUUUCUCCCAUGGCUUUGGUUGACUAUUGUGGCCACGUUUUCAAUCACAACACUAGCCACCACCUCCAUUACAAGGCCCGGUUGCGAAAGCAGGUGCGGAAACAUCAACAUUCCCUACCCAUUUGGCAUCGGCUUAGACGGAGCCUGUUCCCUUGAUAAUCCCUAUAUCAUAGAUUGCAGAGCUUCCUUUGAACCCCCAAAACCAUUCUUAGUAAGCAAUAACAAUAACCUGGAGAUCAUAGACAUAUCAAUUACCGGCCAGAUGCGAAUUAGGAACUUUUUGGCUACAAGAUGUUACGAGCAAGGGGAGGUGGUAGCCUCGCAAUCCAACACAACAGCCGUAAUAAAUCUCAACCCCUUACCAUUAGUGUUUUCAGACACUGCAAACAAGUUCACCGUCAUUGGUUGUGACGAUCUCGCUGUGACCGCAGAUGGUGAAGGUCAUGUGAGUGGCUGUAUUGCUACGUGUACCACCCUUGUGGAUGUGCUUAACUAUGAUAAUUCGUGUUCCGGAAUUGGUUGCUGCCAAACCGCCAUCCCAAAGGGACUAACAAUAAUUGCGACAGCAUUAAACAGCUUAAAUAACCACACCAAUGUGUCCGACUUUAAUUCAUGUAGCGCUGCUUUUUUAGCCGAGGAAAGCAAGUUCACCUUCAACGCUGCUGACAUUGCUAACCAAACAGCAUUGGUAGAUAGGACAAUGGACAGUGUUCCGGUGGUGCUCGAUUGGUUUGUUGGUGCUAAUGAGACGUGUCAUCAAGCUCAGCAGAGGCCAUCCAGGUCCGGUUAUGCUUGCCAGGAUAAUACCAACUGCACGGACUUCGAUGGUGGUUCCACAUCAGGGUAUCGUUGCAAUUGUCUUCCUGGCUAUCAGGGUAAUCCAUAUCUUAGUCCUGGAUGUACAGAUAUAUCAAUUACCGGCCAGAUGCGAAUUAGGAACAUAUUGGCUACAAGAUGCUACCAGCAAGGGGAGGUGGUAGCCUCGAAAUCCAACACAGCAGCGCUAAUAGAUCUCAACCCCUUGCCAUUAGUGUUUUCAGACACUGCAAAUAAGUUCACCGUAAUUGGUUGUGACGAUCUGGCUGUCACCGGAGAUAAUGAAAGUCAUAUAAGUGGCUGUAUUGCUACGUGUACCACCCUUGAGGAUGUGCAUGACUAUAAUAAUUCGUGUUCCGGAAUUGGUUGCUGCCAAACUGCCAUCCCGAAGGGACUAACCAUAAUCGCGACAGCAUUAACUAGCUUAAAUAACCACACCAAUGUGUCCGACUUUAAUCUAUGUAGCGCUGCUUUCUUAGCCGAGGAAAGCAAGUUCACCUUCAACGCUGCUGACCUUGCUAACCAAACUGCAUUGGUAGAUAGGACAAUGGACAGUGUUCCGGUGGUGCUCGAAUGGUUUGUUGGUGUUAAUGAGACAUGCCAUCAAGCUCGGCAGACAUCAUCCAGGUCCGGUUAUGCUUGCCAGGAUAAUACCAACUGCACGGACUUUGAUGGCGGUUCCAUAUCAGGGUACCGUUGCGAUUGUCUCCCGGGCUAUCAGGGUAAUCCAUAUCUUAGUCCUGGAUGCACAGAGGCUACAUUGUCAGCUCAAUCUUAUGAAUAUGAAGAAAUUGUCUCAUACCAUAAGCAAAGGACACUGUUAUUGGUUAGAAAGUAUCAAACUUGA